AUGGGUUAUAUUCAUAUUAAUACUGCCUCAAACAACUCUCAGGACUUAUGGAAAGCUAUCUGGAAACUAAAUGUGCCCCCCAAGCACACUCAUCUCCUAUGGAGAGUCCUAAAGAAUGCCCUACCUGUUAAGAACAAUUUGUUCAAAAGGGGUGUCAGAUGUGACCCCCUCUGCCCUCGUUGCACUAAUUGUCUAGAAACUACCAACCAUGUGUUUUUAGAUUGUGAAUGGACGAAACAAGUCUGGUUUGCCUCAUCCUUAAACCUAAAUCUAGGGCAAAAUCAGAUCACUGAUGUCUAUGACUGGAUCAGAUACAUGAUUAACAAUACAAACAAGGAUUGCAUAGAACAAAUUACAGCUAUCAUAUAUGGUAUAUGGUAUGCGAGAAAUAUGCUUGUCUUUCAGGAGAAACUCCUACCACCUCAAGAGAUCAGCUCCAUAGCCACCAAGCAGCUUCAAGAAUACCAACUUCAUGGCUUUGAACAGGAAAUCCACGAGCCCCAGGUGAGAACAAAAAGUUGCAGCAACGACAUCAGCUGGAGUCCACCGCUUAGGGGCACCCUUAAGAUCAAUGUGGAUGCUCACCUAAGCAGUGAUGGCCAUUGGUCGACGGGGUUGGUUCUAAGACGGGUGGAUGGGAGCACCGUCGGGGUUGCGACUAGGACUCACGAUGGAGCAAUGGAUACUGUCACGGGUGAAGCUAGGGGUUUAUUGGAUGCAAUAGAGUGGAUUGAAAAGAUGGGGGUUCGAAACGUGAUUUUCGAACUCGACUCACAAGUUGUGGUUAAUGCAGUUAGGAAGCAAAGAGAGAUUCGAAGAAAUUGGGGUCAAGCUGUGCGGCGAUGCAAACAAUUCCUCAGUACAAACCCUAGAUCUGAUAUCAAUUGGGUCCCUAGGAGGGCUAACCAAGCUGCCCAUGAAAUGGCUAGGUGGGCUGAAGUUGAGCCCAAUAAGGAUUGGACUUCAAAUUUCCCCUCUUGUAUUUGGCCUAUUAUCCAAAAAGAAAUAGGCAAUGUAAUUCCCUCUUUUUUUGAUUAA